AUGAAGGUACGAUGGAUUUUGGCAGUGCUUUUGCUGCCGUUAAUCUUUGCCCAAAAUCAAUUCAACCAAUUCAACAAUGGUGCUCAAGAUUAUCCACAACAGCCACAGCCCGGGGUAAACCAGCAGCCGAGUGGAUAUGUUGGAGGAGAUUAUCGGCAGAUCACUCUUUAUGAUGGGCCUCUUGUUGCCUACGGUCCACAAUGGGGAGAUUCGGUCAUCGAAGACGAUACCCAAAUGGGGCGUCUGGUCCCGUUGCACACAUUUUUUCCUUACUACGGAGGGAAAUACAACUACACCAUUAUCUCCACAAACGGCUAUAUCGGUUUCGGCUACUUCAGCGAGCAGCACAGCGCCUAUAAAGUGGGACUUGACGUCGACUGGCCAAAUAAUGCUGACCCAGCCAUUAUGGCACCAUAUCUCUGCAGGCAACGAAUUGGAGGAGCCAACCUGCAGCGCUCGCGCGUUUUCUAUCGAAUUGAAAAACGCGCCUCGUCCCAUCAGAACAUCAAUUAUGGCAGCGAACGGCUACACUGCAACGGCCAAUCUCAUAUGUUCUGUGACAACAAUUCCGAGAACUUUUUGACAGCAAUUGAGCGUUCGUUGCAAGAAGGUGUUGCUGGCGGUGGUGUAUUCCGGGCACAAGCGGCCCUUGUGGUCACUUGGAAGGAUAUGAUCCCAAAUAUGGGCGAGGAGGACUCGCGAGCCUCGUACCAGCUCGUUUGGGCCACGGAUGCACAGGGUCAUUUGGCUUAUGCCAUCACUAAUUACCAUACGCUAAACUUUGAUGCUGCUGAUUUGAACGGUAACUCAAGGACUGGACGUUGCCAGGCGCUUUUUAACGGCGGUAAUCACACAGGAACAGUUCAGUUAGAUCUUUCUGACUUGACAAAGAAUCGGCCAUCAUCGUUGUCGGACCGAUCAGCAAUUCCACACGUAACCCGUGGACGCUAUGUGCACCGGGUUGAUGAUGUCGUCCGACAUGCUGGCUGCAGCAACAAGACGGGCGGAACACACCCACUCCUCAUCUACCCCAAUAUUGUCUCAAUGCUUGGCCAAGUCAAUGUCGAAGUCAAUGCGCUCUGUCUGGACCAAACCGUUGCCUACACACUAAUGAUCGAAAGCAGACAGUCUGCACCUUGCGAAGUUCUUUCUCCCUCUAUCGCCCGGUGCCGACUUCCAAAAAUUCUGGAUUGGGGCACGAAGACCGUGUACUUCCAGCCCCAGGGUGGAUUGGCUCAAGAUGAAAAAGCUUUCGUUGGAUUUAUCUAUUUCGUCCCACCAACCCUUGACCCCACUCGACUUGACAUUGGAAAUGUAGCCCAAUGGUAUAAAGACCCCGUCCAAACAAGUCAAACUCUCAAAUGGUAUCCGAGGAACUUCACGAACGAGAUGUUGGGCGCUAUUGACACGCCACGUUCUUCCUACAUCGAUAAUUCCAUCUAUUCGGUGACGCUUGGACUCUUCGUCGUUGGUUAUCGUGAAGCCCAAGAUGACACGAAGAAGAAAUUUAUCCCACAGCAUCGGGUAUUGGCUAGAUUGGGAACAUUUACAAACCGGGCUGAUGACGAAUACCGCUGGAAGGCGCAGGUUGAACGGAUCGAUUUGAAUCAUGUUGAAGCCUGGUACCUUUCGGAGUGGGACCGACGCGAAGAGCUUUUCACAUAUCGAUUCGGAUACCUUAAACUCGCACCAAUUUCCUCAUCCGCACAGACAGCGGCCGGAAAUGAACAUAGUGUGGACUUGGAACUUCCCGAAGGCCUUGUCUCAGCCCCAAUUUCCCUUCAUUGGCUCUGGACCACCUAUGAAAGCAAAGAAUUGACACACCUGAAAAAAGAACAUGACGAACGAACGGCAAAAACCGAAUUCGUCAAGUUGAGGGCCAGAGAGAUGUGCAAGGAGUGGUAUGAGGAAGAUGGAGCCCUGAACAAUUUCAUCCGGGAAACCGAAACAAAUUCGUCUUGCCCAUGCAAAGAAGAGCAAGCUGCCAUGGACUACGGUAGAUUUAUGCCACAUCCAAGAUGUAGCCGGUUAUUCCGUGAUGUUACCUGUACCGAAACGCUUGGGUCGUCGAAUUGUUACAUGUCCGCUCAGAAUGUGCAGGGGUCACACGUUAGAGUGACUAGCGAGGGCGUGCAGGAAAAUUCGUAUACCACGCACUACGGACAGACGUGUUGUUAUGACGCACAAGGAUUCCUGAUGCAAUCUUCUUACCAGCCGGUCAUCAAAAUCGACGACUCAACCCCAUAUUCUCCCGGAUUCCCCACGCGAGCUUACGAACACGGGACUUACCCUGAUAUUGGAAUGUUUGAGGUUCCUGGUCUUUCCACUUUCCAUCACGAUAUCCUACCUUAUUACCUGUGCUGCAAGUUUACUGAUUUCCGCUGCCAGCUUUUCUAUUGGCGCAGACCAUCAAGCGCCUGUCAAGCUUACGAAGCGCCGGCCACUGGCUCUGUAAUGGGUGCCGGGGCGUACACUAGCCUCGACGGACGACAAUUUGUCUUCAACGAGCCUGGCGUUUUCACCUUGCUACAUGCUCAUGCUACACAGUCCACACCGGAAGUACAAAUCCAAGUCCGCCAGGAACGAUUCCCCGACAGAAGUGUCAAUUUUGGACGUGUCGAGUACAACCAGGAUCGAGUCGUCCCUUCCAAUUCUACCGUAAUCACCGGCGUUGCUCUCAGAACUGAAGGCGCGGAUACGGUGCAUGUUGUACUCCGCAAGGAUACCUAUCGCGGCAGGUACAGGACUACAGUAAUUGUCGGGAAUGUGGUUCGAUAUUUUGACAAUAUGGUGCUGCAAAAAUUCCGAGGUGUGACUAUUUAUGUAAACAAUGUGCACAAGGGGCAAUCGGAAGUGUUCGUGGUUUUGGAUAAGGCACAGAUUGGUGUUCGCAUCCGUGAAUCUUACGCUAUGGAUAUGGAUAUAACGCCACAGUUCUGGGAAAGCCCCGGGCUCUUGGAUGUUACCGUCUCCGUCCCUCCACAAUAUCGAGUGCACACGUCUUCCCAUAUGUACGAUCAAGGAGAAAAAGCCAAGGUUGAAGGUGUUUUGAUGCCUUAUGCGGACCAAAGCUCGAGCGGCUACCCACAAGUUCUCCAAUGGGCCGACGUCAAUAACGAGGGAAUGCGCUCGACCCUACUGCGCUACAAAGUCGGAAAUGUCGAUCAAUAUCUCCAGGAUAAUCAUAUUGAAGACCUAUUCAUUGCCACCACCCAAACGGAACAACUCUUUAAUGCAUUCCCUGACCACUUCUUGAAGGCGCCAACUUACACGCCGGCCACCAAAUAUCGAAAUGCCCAGUACAACCCAUUCGUUCCGAUGACCGAGCAAAGUUACCGGAAUUUCAUUGAAUUCUGCCGAAAGACAGUCCCAAUGCAGAUGCAGCCAGAUUGGGAAAAGGCGGCUUUGAAGCGUUGCCCGCAAGUGCAGAAUAUGGAAACGAGUUGUGCUGGAGAUGUUGCGUGUCUCUUCGAUACUACAAAUUUACAAUCCCGUCUUCUUGGAGAUGAGGCCAAAUCAAACCAUGCCUACUAUCAACUACAACGUGGCGAAUCUUUGCAACAUUUUAAUUCGUGCGGUGCGAUGAACAUCGAGUACCCGGAAUACCUAAUCAAGGGUCCGUCAUCAGCUGGAAGGGCUUACAUCGAAGGUGACACUCUCCAAUUCAGCUGCUACCAAACACAUAUCGUCUAUGGAGACAACGAAUUUACAUGCCAGAAGCUACCAAUCGCCCAUGAUUCUCGACAUGGGGAUGGUCAGCAUUCAUAUAUGAUGAAGUGGACUUCUGGUUCGCAGCCUUGGUGUCGACACAGAGCCAAAGACAACGUUCUAACCUGGAUCCAAUGGUGCGCUGUCGUCUUCGGAAUCCUGAUCGUCCUCGUCAUCAUCUUCGCUUCCUGUUGGGCUUGUAAGCAAAAGAUGAAACUUCUCAGUGCUAGAUCCUUCGAAAUGGAACCGCUCCAAGUUGUGCCUGGGCCAAAUACCGUACGCUACGUCCGAAACGAGAAGUUGAAGCCCGGGCUUCCGGUGCUUGAUCGAGAACCAUCACGAAAAAGCUCUUUGAGUAGUUUGCAACCACUAGCUGAUCAAAGCAGACCAAGCCCAAAAAGCCGUGCUAGUGCUCAACCACCAUACAACGACUACAACCCAAGACCAGGAAGUGGCGGGGCGCAACGGCGAACAAAUGGAAAUCAGCGCGGUGAAAUCGCUGUC